AUGGCAAUCCAGAUUCCUAUUGAGGUGAUCACCUCGCGUUUUGGUGACCGAUUCAACAGCCUUCGCAACCAGUCCAUGGGCUCCCGAUUUGCCAACCUCCGCCCCGUCUCCGAGUUCUUUGAUCUCAAGCGCCUGUCCAAACCUGCCAACUUUGGAGAAGUGCAGAGCCGAGUCAACUACAAUCUGGGCUACUUCUCGAGCAAUUAUGCCGUGGUCUUGGUGAUGCUGAGCAUCUACAGUCUGCUGACCAACCGGACUCUGAUGUUCCUGAUCCUGUUCCUUGCCGUUGGUCUUUGGGGAAUUGGAAAACUGAACGGUCGUGAUCUGGAUCUUGGAUUCCGCCGCUUCAACACAUCUCAGCUGUACACGAUCAUGGUCUGUAUCUCAGUGCCCUUGUUCUUUUGGGCCUCUCUGAUGGGGACCUUUAUGUGGCUGAUUGGUGCCACCGGUGUGACCGUGCUCGGGCACGCCGCCAUGAUGGACAAACCAAUUGAGAAUGCUUUUUCCGAGGAGGCGGUCUAG